AAUACUUCUUCCAUGGUUUAUUUGUGUUUAGAAAAUGCUUCCUGAGCGCCAAUGUGGACUGUAGUCGUUCGGAUGAGUCAGUGGAACCGACCUGAUCAGUAUUCAAAACACUCCACACUCUCAGGAAGUGUAUCUCUCUCUCUCUCUCUCUCUCUCUCUCUCUCCUCUCUCUCUCUCUCUCUCUCUCUCUCUCCCCCUCUCUGAACACGCUCACUCGUUUCCCGGUAUGCACCUGACGUGUGCAUAAACCCACCAAGAAAAAAAAUCCUUCGUUAAAUUCGAGCAGUCGAGAUUUGCUACUGAACAAAGACAAUCACUUCGGUCUGUGAUCCGCCGCGGGAGAAGUUGCGAGCCCUGAGACGCGCGUUGUUCGAAAACUCCUUUCCCCUCCCGUCCUGUGGACGAGGGCGUGUUGUAACCUUGUCUGGGUGCACCACAGUCUGCAGGCAAGACAGCGGGAGAAAGCUCACCACGAGCAUCUUUGCUAUCCUGUAGGGAUAUAACCGAGAGCAACCAAGGAGCAACCUUUCAGAGUAACGUUUAUUUGAACCCGAAUCUGCGGAGACUGUGUGAUGAAUGAAAAUGCAUUGGAAGCCAUUCAGAGAUUAAAAUCCAGACUGGACUGGUUAUUUUAUAAGGAACUGUGGGUAUCUGCUGAAAUUUAGAAGAGUAGAAGGUUGCAUCCACAUUCUGUUGGAAGAUUUCUAUAAGGCAGGUCCAUUGUCCCGGAACCAAGUCUUUACAGAACAGCACAGAGAUAACUGGAUCAUUACAAAGUAACGGUACAAAUAGCAAGAUGAAUGGUGCAAUAGAUCACUCGGACCAGCCAGACCCAGAUGCCAUUAAGAUGUUCGUAGGCCAGAUCCCGCGAUCUUGGUCAGAGAAAGAGCUAAAGGAACUGUUUGAGCCGUACGGAACAGUGUACCAGAUCAACGUCCUCCGAGACCGUAGCCAGAACCCUCCGCAGAGCAAAGGGUGUUGUUUUGUUACAUUUUACACGAGGAAAGCUGCACUUGAGGCUCAGAAUGCCCUGCACAAUAUCAAAACUUUACCGGCGAUGCAUCAUCCUAUUCAAAUGAAACCUGCCGACAGUGAAAAGUCAAAUGCUGUGGAAGACCGGAAGUUGUUCAUUGGGAUGGUUUCGAAAAAGUGCAACGAGAACGACAUUAGGGUAAUGUUCUCAACGUUCGGGCAAAUAGAGGAAUGCAGAAUUCUCCGGGGACCUGAUGGUUUGAGUCGAGGCUGUGCAUUUGUCACGUUUUCUACCAGGGCAAUGGCACAGAAUGCAAUCAAAGCCAUGCACCAGUCUCAGACUAUGGAGGGCUGUUCCUCACCAAUUGUGGUCAAGUUUGCCGACACUCAGAAGGACAAGGAACAAAGGCGCCUACAGCAGCAGCUGGCUCAGCAGAUGCAGCAGCUGAACACAGCUACCUGGGGAAACCUCACUGGGCUCGGAGCCCUGGGGCCACAGUACCUGGCUGUAAGUGGUCAAUGGGGAUCCAAGAACGGUGGCGAAAUUGGAACAAAAGAAGUUUUCGUACCCCAAAACAUGCAUACACUCUUGCAGCAAGCCACCUCCACAAGUAACCUGGGCGCCUUCAGUGGCAUUCAACAGAUGGCCGGAAUGAGUGCCUUGCAGUUACAGAACUUAGCGACCCUAGCAGCUGCUGCAGCCGCCGCACAGAACACAGCAACCACGAACGCCAACCCGCUCUCUGCCGCCACAGGAGCACUUGGUGCGCUGACAAGUCCAGUGCAAUGGGGCAACAGCAGUCAGCAGUCGAUGCCUGUAGCAGGAACAAAUAACUCUGGCACAGGCGCUGCCAUGAAUUCCUUGACCUCCCUGGGAACCCUCCAGGGUCUGGCAGGAGCCACGGUUGGGUUAAAUAACAUUAAUGCACUGGCAGUUGCUCAAAUGCUCUCAGGUAUGGCGGCGCUUAAUGGUGGACUCGGAGCGACGGGCUUGACAAAUGGUUCGGCUGGCACAAUGGACGCCCUGACCCAGGCCUACUCAGGAAUCCAGCAGUACGCAGCAGCUGCACUGCCCACCCUGUACAGCCAGAGCCUGCUGCAGCAGCAGGGUGCCGCGGGCAGCCAGAAGGAGGGUCCAGAAGGUGCAAAUCUGUUUAUUUACCAUCUUCCCCAAGAGUUUGGAGAUCAGGACAUCCUGCAGAUGUUUAUGCCAUUUGGAAAUGUUGUGUCUGCUAAAGUCUUCAUUGACAAACAGACCAAUCUUAGCAAGUGCUUUGGUUUCGUAAGUUAUGACAACCCAGUCUCUGCACAGGCUGCCAUCCAAGCCAUGAAUGGUUUUCAGAUUGGAAUGAAGCGUUUAAAAGUUCAGCUGAAGCGAUCCAAGAACGACAGCAAGCCCUACUGAGUCUAGUGUGGGAGGUUAAUGCUGUUACUUUAGCUUUGUUAGGACAUCUUCAUGCUCGUUAGUUCAUCGUUUGCCUAACAUGUCCCUGUGGCGCCAAAAAAAUUCAAAAAAAAAGCUCAUCGUCCCGUCAUUGUUUCUGAUGUCUUUCUGACCUCACAUCACACUUGGUCCUCCUACUUGACCCCUUUGACCUAGUUUGACUUUGAGAUUUUUUGCAUGUGACCUCAUAUAGUUUUGAAUUCUAAAGAGUUCAAUGUGAAAAGCCUAGCUGCAUUCGUGUUGAGACUGAAAAAGAAAAAAAAUAUUUUAAGAAAGUAAAGCAAGACAAAAAUAUAUAAGAGAGAGAGAAGGAAAUAAAAAAACCUGUGGCGA